GUGGUCACGUGCUCAGUCAGGCAAUCUUGACUCUCAAGAUUUUAUGACAUUGAAUUCAUGUCUGCUGCGUCCGCUCCUGCCGUCCCGCCUCUGGGCAAAUACCUUGCCUCCUCAGACAAAAAAACACGGGACAAAGCCGUGAAAAACCUUGCUGUUUUCCUAUCCAGUGACUCCGAAAAUGUAUUGCCAGAUCUUGAAAUGGCUAAGUUAUGGAAGGGCAUAUUCUACUGUUUCUGGAUGUCAGACAAGCCCCUCGUUCAGCAGGCCCUAGCAGGGGAACUAGCGGAGCUCAUACUUACGAUCACUGACGUACCUUCGUCACUAAAUUUUCUGCGGGGCUUUUGGACGAUGACAGUUAGAGAAUGGAGCGGAAUUGACCGUCUUCGGAUGGACAAGUAUUACAUGCUCGUCAGGAAGUUCGUGAAUGCGAGCUUCAGGUUUCUCGUGCGAACAAAAUGGGACAGUGCCACCGUCGAGAAGUACAACUCAAUAUUAUCUGGCCCCAAUGGACCGCUAUGUCCCAACGAUAUACGCGUGCCAGCUAGUCUUGCAUUCCACUUAUCGGAGAUAUACUUCGAGGAGCUUGAAAAAGCGUUAUCAAGCUCGGAAUCACCGCCCCCAGCACCACUAUCCACGCUGCUGUCGCCUUUCAUCGGUCUCGCCGCACGAACGCCCACAAUCACGACUUACAAACACAUUCAAUCGUCGUUGUUUGAGCCUUUACGCAAUUCGCUGAAGUCGUCGUCAAAUCCUCCAAGCCGCAAGAAAGCACGCACAUCAUCACCUGACUACUCAAAACUACUGGCCAACGCCUGCACCUCCAGCUCGGACAGCGAUCCAGCGAUGGAUACAGAUGCUGUACGUAAGUCGAUACUGCAAAAGAUAUUCGAUAUAGCAAGCGAAACAGAAACUCGGGAUGCAAAUCGGCGGAGAAUGUAUGCGUUCUACAAGGAUGCCGUCGACGACGACGAUGAGGAUAGUGCUGGGUAAAUUCAUACAGUAUCUGUAAUGUUUCUGUUGCGCU